CCCCUGACCGAACCCCACAUGCUAUAAUUAGAACUACUGAACGUGUUAUUAUACAUAAAACUCAGACAACGUAUACGUAUCAGUAAUCUGGUCCAAGACUCCAAGCCAAGUUGUACUUCGCUUCGUCGACAUACUUCAACUUGGCCUUUAAAAUUUUGAUUGGCCGUCAAAGCUACACUGCGCAUAGCACAAAUGCCUCUUCUUAACAGAGUAUCCACCUGUGCAAGAGCUAUCCGUUCAACGGGCAGUUCUGGCGUCGCCAAAUGUUCUGUAUCUCCAGUGAUUAGGUAGACAUCUCACGCAUCUAUAGUCACUCUGGGUUCCUGAUCUGCUCCAUUUCAGGAACGAUCAUGCCCGACCUUGUGAACGUGUGGCUUCUGCAGGCAGCAUGCCCAAAUCACAGUCGAGGGCGAUGGCUACCUCUUCCGAUUCCCUCGUUGCGUUUGGACAACAACACGUCACUAGAGGCCUCGGCCGCCUCACGGAAGCUAUUAUGACGAAGGGUGAAGGUUCAUACGUGAGCUUUGAGGAUGGGCGUAGGAUGCUAGAUUUCAGCUGCGGUAUCGGUGUGACAAAUCUUGGCCAUUGCCACCCGAAGGUUUCCAAAGCUGCAGCAGACCAAUGUGUGAAUAUUGUUCAUGCUCAAUGCAGCAUCUCAUUCCAUGGCCCUUACUUGCGCCUGAUUGAGAAACUCCUUCCAAUCAUGCCUGAUCCCUCUCUUGACUCGUUCUUCUUUUGGAACUCAGGCUCUGAAGCCAUUGAAGCAUCCCUCAAGAUGGCACGACAAAUUACUGGUCGGCAGAACAUUAUCACCAUGCAGGGUGGUUAUCAUGGUCGAACGUUUGGUGCCAUGGCUGUUACGAAGAGCAAAACAGUCUAUAGUGAAGGAUUCUUUCCGUUGAUGCCUGGGGUAUUCGCUAUACCAUUCCCGUACUGGCACCAACUUGGAUUACCACUCGAUACGAGCGAAGAAGAGCUCGUCCGACUCUCAUUGUAUCAACUAGAUCUUGUUCUCAAACAACAAACAGCUCCCAGGGACACAGCUGCCAUCAUCAUUGAGCCUGUACUUGGAGAGGGUGGAUAUGUACCAGCCCCUGCAUCCUUCCUGAAAGGAUUGCGUGCCGUCUGCGACAAACACGGCAUCCUCCUUAUUGUGGAUGAAGUACAGAGCGGAUUCGGCAGGACUGGCAAGUACUUCAACAUUGAAUAUAGCGGUGUCCGACCCGAUAUCCUGACCAUCGCAAAGGGUCUUGCAAACGGAUUCCCAUUGAGUGGCGUGGUCAGCAGGAAGGAGCUUACAGAUAAGUUGGUGCCAGGUUCCAUGGGAGGUACAUAUGCAGGCAACGCUGUAUCAUGCGCCGCCGCGGUGGCCGUCGCUAACGCCUUCCGUGAGGAGAAGGUGCUCGACAAUGUUUCUGUUCGCUCAACCGAACUUUUAACUUCGUUAAGGUCCAUCCGUGAUGACCCAGAAGUAGGAAGCAUGAUCGUCGAUAUCCGGGGUCAAGGCCUGAUGAUUGCUGUCGAGUUUGCAUCCCCGUCGUAUUCUCCAACAGAUCCCGCACUGGUUUCAUCCGCACCGAAGAACCUUGCAAGCCGUGUGGCAAAACGCUGUAUGGAGAAGGGGCUUCUAAUUCUCACGACUUCAAUGUAUGAAGUCAUCAGGUUCAUACCCCCUCUGAACAUCUCACAGGGCGAUCUGCAAAAAGGCUGUCAGAUAUUUGCCGAGUCAGUCAAAGAGGUCGUCCGAGAAGGUUGAACUUCUAGUUGUUCAUUUGUAUCAAGUAUCUUGCGAUGUGGAAUUACAUACCCUAUGACAUAAACGUCAUAUUCCUAAUUA